AUGGGUGUCUCUGAUGUUAAAGGACCAUUUGAUCAGAACCUCAUGUUGUCCAGCUCUAGACGACAGUCUUAUCAGUCAAGGUUCCUGUCAAGACAUAGCACUGAUAGUUGUCACCAGAAUUUCCUCGGAGAUUCUGCAAGAUCACCCCGUGAUGUUACAGAUCAACAGUACUGUCAUCCUCUUGACAAGGGCGGUGAUGCAGACUUAGUGCAGAGAAGACGAGACGAGGAGUGGCUGAAGACUUUUUUGUUCAGGAGGAAAAGAAGCCCCGUCUUACCAAAGCCGAUAGAUUCUCGACCAUCCAUUUCUCAGUUCCGGGAAAAGCUGUAUAGUGCCGUUAAACUCGUAGCAGAACUAUCUGCCACAUGUGAGACAUUAAAACAUAAUUUGGAGAAUGAAACUGUGUGGACGGAAACUUAUUCGAAAGCAGUGACUCUUAAAAGUGGUUUACAGGAUAAACUGAACAGUGUUUGCGACCCACUGGUCAUAAACACAAUCAGUAAGAAACUGGUGAAGAUUCGUAAGAAAAGAAUACAGGGGCAUCGAAGAAAACUUGAACGAAUCGAAGAAAAACACAGGGAGGAAGCAAGGUCUGCAGAACGUGAGGCAGCAAUUGAUAAAUGGCGUACGAGAUGCAUUCUUGUGGUAGAAGAGAAGAAAAGGGAGCAAGAGCUUAAGCUUGCUGCUGAUGCUGUCCUCUCUGAAGUGAGGAGGAAACAAGCUGACGCCAAGAGAAUGUUAGAUAUACUCAAGUCACUGGAAAAACUGAGAAAACUUCGUAAGGAGGCUGCUUCCAGAAAAGGGAUAUUUCCUGAGAAAGAAUGUGAUGAGUCGUUUGAGGAGCAUGUGGGGCGAUUGAGGGAUCUCAUCCGAAAACGCACAGCAGUGUAUGGGGCAGAGGAGAGAGCCCUAAGGGUCAUGCUGGAGGGAGAACAAGAGGAGAAUCGAAAAAGAGAGUUGGAAAAACGUCAGAAAAAGGAAAGAGAAAGGUUGCAGCAGAAGAGACAAGAGCUGGAAAUGGCACUUUUUGGAGCUGAAUUGCCUCCAGAUCAUCCAUUACAGCCUUUCCACGACUACUACACACAGGCAGAGCACUCUUUACCUGCACUUAUACAGAUAAGGAAAGAGUGGGAUCUAUACCUAGUUCCUUUCGACCACCCUGAUGGCUCCUCAGUGCCGCACACCUGGGUUUUCCCUGACCCUCCAGCAGAUGAGAUCUGGGCUACUGCUCUGGACAAAUAA